AUGAACCGAUUUAACUUCCCACCUCCAUUCUGUGAACCGGCUGAAUUUCCUGGUUCCUUAAUGGUAUUGGAUGAGAAAACUAUCCCCCGAUCCCACGAAACUCAUGCGCUUGUAACAGUUGAUAGAGACCAGACAUUAGCAGAAGACCAAGAAGAGAUGGACGUUUCGAGUGGCCCCGAAAGCGAGCUGGAGUCCGAUGGUGAGCAAAGGAGGGUGCGUUCGGCCACUAAUGCAGGCCUACCUGGACCUCUGCAACAUCGUCCGCGCAUGAAACUGUCCAAGGGUCUUAUUGUGCGGAAGGAAAAACGUUUGGAUGCUAGGGGCCGUGAACUGCGACCUCUGGCUCGUGAACUGCAGUCAGCACGGUUAGAGCCGGCUGAAACUAUCACCCCGACGAGUCCCGGGGCUAUUUUCAGUAACGGUGAUCGGCCUUUCCGAGGCCCUGUGCAUAUUUCUAUCAAUGUUGCCGGUCCCAUGCCUGCUGCUACUGCUGACUUAGAAACUUCAGUCAAAUCACAUAAAAAUUCGCCAGCUACUCCUGUCGGUUUUGGAGUCUUCUCCUUUCCAUCCUCGAUGGAAGGACAUUCACAUUCCCUGGAAUCACCUAAAACAGCAGACCCGACGCAGUCUACCGGUGCUGAAGGUAAUUUUAUGUCUCUAUGA